AUGGAUGCUAAUAUGAAAGCACAAAUGCGCGCGCGCGCACAGGGCAUCGCGCGCGACAUUCUCCGCAAGUGGUGGGCCGUCGGCGGACCAGGCGGCGGCAGCGGUGGCGACGGCAGCGGUGAUGACAAGAGUACACUUAGCUGGAAAGAGCUUCUUACGGAAGAUGUGGUGAUGAUGGCGCCGGUAGAGGAAGGGGGUUCCCCUGACAGCACCUGCUCCGGGGGGGGAAAGGAGGGGGUGGUACAGGAUACCGCCGCCGUCGGUGGCCUCGUCGUGGCAACAGCGCCCCGAGCGGUAGAGCGGCGGCUGGUGGGUCCCCUGGCCGUGGAGGGGGAGGCGGAGAGGCUAAGGGUCUUGACGGAGACCUUGGGUCAGCAGACCGCCGCCGGCAACCUCAAGCUCAAGUUCCAACUCCACGUGGACCACUGGGCCUUCGGCGAGCGGGAGCUCAUGUGCCAGUGGCGUGUCUUCACGCGCAACGCCGGCGUCUGCGGCGGCCGGCGGGAGCUGGAGACCCGCGGGAUGAUGGCCCUGCGUCUGUGGACGAGCGAGGACGGGGAGGCGCCGGUGGUGGAGCCGAAGACAAAGACCUCCACGUGGGCCAUCCUAGGCUCGCCGCCGCCGCCCCCGCCGCAGGAGAAGGCUCAAGAUACGGCCGCCCACAAGGACGACGACCAGCCCAAAAAGCGAGCGACGAAACAGAAGGGCCAGCAGCAGCAGCAGCAGCAGCAGCAGCAGCGCAGGGUCCACGCGUCGGCGCAAGACCGCGUUAGCAGAAGCAGCAGCAGCAGCAGCAGCAGUAGCAACGCGGAGAGUAGAACCGCUGGCGCCGCUGCUGGCGCUUCUUCAGCUUCGGCCGCUCCUGCCGACGAGGUGGCUGGCUCUGCGGACACAGCCAGUAAGGCCAGCAACAACCUAGGGGUCGACGCCGGCGGUGCCGACCGCGCCGUGGCAGUACCCGCGGAUAGCGCGUCAGGAUCGUCGUUGGCGGCGGCGGCGGCGGCGGCAUCAUCGCCCGCCGGGUCGUCACGACCACCUUCCUCAUCGUCGGGAGUGAAAAGGUCGAGGCUGGAGAUGGAGGCCGGGGCGGCUGCGAAGGCCGGGGCCGCCGCCGCCAGUGCCGCCGGCGGAGGAGGGAAGGUGGAAGCUCGCGGGGGCGUCAGACACGGCCACGGUGGUCCCAACUCUGCUCCUGGAGGGGGCAGCGGCAGGGCUAAGAGAAGCGAUAGCGACGUGGGAGCGGAUAUUCCCCGGCUGCAGCAGGAUGACGUGGAGGAGGAUGCGCCAUGGUUGAAUAUCCCCCGGCACGAACGCGAUGGCAGCGGUGGCGGUAGCGGCGAUAUUUCCUCGUGGACGGCCCGUUGGCGCGAGAUGUACGGGAUCGGCAAGGCAACCGACGAGCCGUCGUCGUCGCUGGACAAGGUGGUGGGCGUCCCGCGGCAGGCCAGGGCGAGGAUCGUGCACAUCCUGUACGAUCACGAUUCGUUGGUCAGGGAGGUGGAGGAGAGCUUCGGGAUAGAAAUUAUCCCUGUCCCACGUACGCUAGAGCAGGCGAAGCUGCCCCGAAUACGCCGGAGAUUGGCGGCAACGGCAACCGUGGGCUCGUCGCCCGCGGCCUGCUCAACACGCGAGGUCGCCAAGAACGGGCAAGCAGCACCAGCAACAGCAGCAACAGCACCGGCAGCGAAAGCAGGGACGGAUAGGGUUGAGGAGCUAGGCAGCGGCGACGGCGGUGGUGGUGGUGAAAAGCUUGGAGGUGGUAGCGGCGGUGGGCCCGUUGCGGUCGACGCGGAGGAUGGCGUAGAGGCCAACAACGCGGACGUGGAAGCUUCCGGCGAAGAGGCCGGCGGCGGCGGGGGCGGCGGCGGCAGCAGCACUGCCGGCAGCGACGAUAGCAGCAUAGCCGUGUUGUCUUCGUCUAGUGCCCCCGAGGCGAUAGCGGCUGCACCGGGGGAAUCAGAUGCAUCGGACCAAGCAGAGGGGGGCUGCGACGGCCUGGCCGACGAGGAGUCCCGGGGCGAGGAGCUCAUGUGCGCCGUUACGUCAUUCGGGCAGGACGGGCAGUUUCGGAUCGUGCGCGCGAGCCGGGCGCUUUGCGACCGCACCCGCGCCUCCGCCCGCCGCCGCCGCGCCGCGACCACCACCCAACCCGAGCAAGCCAAAGAUCUGGAGCGAGCCCUGCCGCUGCAGCAGCAGCAGCAGCAGCAGCAGCAGCAGCAGCAGCAGGGAGAAGAGACUUCGGAGGACGCCGACUACUUGCGGGGCCGCGAGCUGGGCCUCGCGGUUCGCUUCUGGGGUCGGAGCGGCGGCAGGCGGAGGAGAAGGCUCCGGACCGUGCGCUUCGCCGAGGAGGGAGGGGGAGGGGGAGGCAGCGAAGGCGGGAGCGACACGGCUACCCUCGAGGAACGGGUGGCAGAAGCCAAGUCGGAGGCGUCGGCGGCGGCGGCGGCCGUGUCGGUCGGAACCAGCGGUGGCGGCGGCGGCGGCGGCGAUGGCGGCGGGGGCGGGUGUGCACGGCGAAGCACGGGGGUCGGGAGGGAUGAGCCUGCUGAACGCGGGCGGGGGGACGUGGUGGCUAUGGCGGGGUCGGAAAGGAGCGUUGUCGGCGGCGGUGUGUUGCUGGGCUCUCCGUCCUCCGCCCAAGAAGACGAGGAGAUGCAGCGAGAGCUUUUCCGUAAAGUUGCACAGGCCACGGAGCAGGGCAUCCCUUCUUGGGUCCCGGUGGGCGUCGUGGCCGUUGACGGGACGGAGACGCGCGCCUACGCCGCGGUGUACCCGCUCACGUCCACGUCGUCAUCGUUCUCACCUCUCGCCCCCGCUAGGGCUGUUGGUGGCAAUGCUAGCAGUGGUAGGGGUGGUGGUGGUCAUGCCGUAGGUGAUGGCGCUGCUGGUGACAGCGCUGCUGCUGGCGACGAUGGGGGCAAGAUUGGGAGUGGGGCUGGGGGACGAGGUCCGGAUGCGCUAACGGAGGAGGGGCAAGCGGGGGGGGGGCGCAAGGGUGGCGACGACAGCAGUAGUGAUCGAGAAGGCAUGCGAAUACACCACGCCUUGUGGGAGUUCCACUGCAUCGACAGGAGCACCUGCCUGAGCGUAGCGCUCCUGGUGGAGAAGCUGAUGGCGUUCAUGCUGCUGAGGAUCAAGGAGGCUUUGCUGGACCCGACUUGCGCGGACAGCUUCGUUCUCAACGACUUGGCGCUCCUUCUCAACCAAAGCAGCAGCAGCAGCAGCAGCAGCUCCAGGAGAUCGAAAGAAGGUGGCGACAAAGACGGCGACAACGACCAGGACGGCGAGCACGAGCCGGGGGCUGUACCCAGCGGCGCGACCAAGGGCAAGGCCAAGGGUAACGGUAGCCGCGACGACAACGGCAACGGUAACGGUAACGGCAACGGCAACGGCGAAGGAGCAGACAAAAACAGGAACCGUACCGGAGCCAACGGCAGCGGCAGCGGCAGCGGCAGCAGCAGCAGCAGCGGUGACAGCGGCGGCGGCAUCAGGGGCAGCCUAGGAAAUGCCCGCGACCGGAUGCGAGCGGUGUCGUCCAUGGAGAAGUUCUGGCGCGUGUACGCGUCCGUGUCGCACAGAGAGCUCCAGUUCCAGAGCGGCGCGAUGCGCAACAAGUCGUGGCUAGGGUACCUUAUAAGAGGGGGCUCCGAUGCUUGA